GCUUCAUUUUCUCAUCUCAUAAAUGACACGAGUCUCAUAACUCAUAAACGGUGCUGAAGAGACGCUUCAGUUAUUAUCAUCAUCAUCAUAAAGAAAACCACCUGCUUUUAACAGUAAAGACUGAAGCUGUGCUGAAGCAGCUCAGGUUUACAGCCUUAUUAUCAGUGAGAGAACAGGAGACAAAUCUGGUGUCCAAAGUCUUCAGAUAAACACACCAGACUUCACGUGUAGGUUCAGGUUGUUGAAUGGCUUCAGCAUGGCAGAGAGUCGAGUCACUGCAUCAGUGGAUCCUGGACAAUGGAGAUAAGAGAACUGACCCAUGGCUGCUGGUUUACUCGCCCGUUCCUGUCUUGUGGAUCUUCCUCUGCUACCUGGGCAUCAUCUGGCUCGGACCCAGACUCAUGAGGAACAGGGAAGCCGUGGACCUCAGACUUGUGCUUAUAGUUUAUAACUUUGCGAUGGUUUGUCUGUCGGUCUACAUGUUCCACGAGGUAACGUGUCCCUCCGAGGAGUCGCUCGUCUUCCAGUUAAAGUUUUUAGUGACGUCUUGGGUGUCGAACUACAGCUACUUGUGUCAGCCUGUGGACUACAGCACCAGUCCCCUGGCCAUGAGGAUGGCCAGAGUGUGCUGGUGGUUCUUCUUCUCCAAGGUCAUCGAGCUCAGUGACACCGUGUUUUUUAUCCUGCGUAAGAAAAACAGUCAGCUGACCUUCCUGCACAUCUACCAUCAUGGCACCAUGAUCUUCAACUGGUGGGCCGGAGUCAAGUACUUCGCCGGGGGACAAUCGUUCUUCAUCGGCCUCCUCAACACUUUUGUACACAUCAUCAUGUAUCUGUAUUACGGUCUGGCAGCUUUUGGUCCUCACAUGCAGAAAUAUCUGUGGUGGAAACGUUACCUCACUUCCCUGCAACUGCUGCAGUUUGUUCUUCUCACCACACACACCGGCUACAACCUGUUCACCGAGUGCGACUUCCCCGACUCCAUGAACGCCGUCGUGUUCGCCUACUGCAUCAGCCUCAUCCUGCUCUUUAGCAACUUCUACUACCAGAGCUACAUGACCAGGAGGACCAAGCGCUCCUGAUGAAGACUCUGGACCUGACCCUGUUCAUUUCCCCAUAGACAUGAAGUUCCACAUUAAUUGAUUAAUUAAAAUAUAUAGAAGGUUUUUUUUUUUUUUUUGCUUUGUUCCAGACCGGAUUUCAUUGAUUUUUUUUAAUUUAAGGUGCUCCAGAUUUUUAGAUUAGAUUAUUUUAUGUAUUUAAAGUAAAAAAAACAAAAAAUGUAGUUAAAAGAAUCUACAGAUAUAAAUAAUAGAUAAUAGAUCAUCUACAGAUAAAUAAAAACUAACUAUGACCUUCCAUAAACGUUGUAAAAUAUCUGAUUACCCAGAAAAUAAAACUUCAUCUCACACGUUUUAA